UAUCUUUACGCGGUUCUCCGAAGCUAAACAUGAUCAUGUGAUCUGAAUCUUCUCCUUUCUCCGACUCUGCCAGUGUAAACAUGGAGAUUCCACUCGCGCGUUACCAGAGCAUCUUGUUGGAUCAGAUUCACGAAAGUUGUAGUAGUAGUAGCUUUCAGUUGUCGUAUUCUUUUCCCAAGGUUUUCAAUUUCCCGCGAAAAUAUCUGUUCUCUGGAUAUGGAUUCUCGUUGAAUCGGAAGAAAUGGAAGAACUCAUUUGGGAGAAUCGUGUGUUCUUCUUUAGUUGAGCAGCUGAAACCCAAACCCCAACUGAAGCCGAAACGAGAACCGAAUAGAGUUGACGCCGAGGAGGUGGAAGAUCCGGUUUUGAAGGAUACCCAGAUCAGGAAAUCUAGUUUGAGGAUCUGUAGUCAGAUAGAGAAGUUAGUUUUGUGUAACAAGUUCAGGGAGGCAUUUGAAUUGUUUGAGAUUUUGGAGAUACAAGGUUGUCUCCAGAUCGGUGUUAGAACUUACGAUGCGUUGGUGACGGCAUGUAUCGGUUUGAGAUCCAUUCGAUGUGUCAAAAGGGUUUUCGGUUAUAUGAUUAACAGUGGGUUUGAGCCGGAUCAACUCAUGAUGAACAGGAUCCUAUUGAUGCAUGUUAAAUGUGGCAUGAUGAUAGAUGCUCGUAGGUUGUUCGAUGAAAUGCCUGAAAGAAACUUGGUCUCCUUCAACAACAUUAUUGUGGGUUUAGUUGGCUUUGGUAAUUAUCUAGAGGCGUUUCGACUGUUUCAGAUGAUGCUGGAGGAGUUUUCCGACUCCGAUUCCCGCACUUUCGCAAUGAUGUUCAGUGCAUCCGCUGGAUUAGGAUCUGUUUAUGCUGGGAAACAAUUGCAUGCUUGCGUAAUGAAAAUGGGAAUCGGUGAUGAUACUUUUGUCUCAUGCGCAUUGAUCGAUAUGUAUGGUAAGUGCGGGUGCAUUGAGGAUGCUCAAUCCGUUUUCGAUGAUAUGCCCGAGAAAGCUACAGUUGCUUGGAACAACCUUAUAAAAGGGUACCUUCUCCAUGGUUACAGUGAAGAAGCUCUGUGUUUGUUGUAUGAGAUGCAGGAUUCUGGCGCCUGUAUGGAUCACUUUACAUUUUCCAUAGUGGUGGGAAUUUGUACGAGGUUGGCCAAGCUUGAGCUCACUAAGCAAGCUCACGCAAGCAUAAUUCGUCGUGGUUUUGGAUCAGAUUUGGUGCUAAACUCGACUCUUGUGGAUUUUUAUAGCAAAUGGGGUAGAGUAGAUGCUGCAAGAAAUGUUUUUGAUAAGAUGCCAUACAAGAAUCUAAUUUCAUGGAAUACUUUGAUGUUCGGAUAUGCACAUCAUGGUAGAGGAGCCGAAGCUGUCAGAUUGUUUGAGAAAAUGAAUACCGAAAAAGUAGCUCCAAACCACGUUACAUUCCUUGCAGUUUUAUCGGCUUGUGCCAAUUCAAGCUUAUUAGAACUUGGUUGGGAUAUUUUUCAAUCAAUGACUGGGGAUCAUAAGAUCAAACCUAGGGCAAUGCACUAUGCUUGCAUGAUAGAGCUGCUGGGUAGAGAAGGUUUGUUAGAUGAAGCCUUUGCUUUGAUCAGAAGGACCCCUUUCAAAGCCACGGCUAAUAUGUGGGCUGCGCUGUUAGAUGCGUGUAGAGCACACGGGAACAUGGAGCUCGGCAAAUUGGCUGCCGAAAAACUAUAUGGAAUGGAACCUGAGAAGCUCGGAAAUUACGUUGUACUAUUUAACUUAUACAACAGUAUGGGCAAGAGAGAGGAAGCCACAGGAGUUCUGAAGACACUGAGGGACAAAGGUUUGAGAAUUAUGCCGGCUUGUAGUUGGGUCGAGGUCAGAGAUCAGACGCACUGUUUUCUUUCGGGAGACAAGUGUGAUACAUAUGGUGAGACGGUGAAAAGGCAAAUAUACCAGAAAUCCGAUGAUCUAAUGGAAGAAAUUCGUGAAAACGGGUGUUUACCGGAGGGAGAGGAAACCCUUCUCCCGGAUGUGGAGGAGAACGAAGAACGGGUCCUGAGAUAUCACAGCGAGAAACUGGCGUUAGCCUACGGGUUGAUCAACACGCCCAACUGGAAACCAUUACAGAUCACUCAGAGCCACAGGAUGUGCAAUGACUGCCAUAAGACGGUGCAGUUCGCGUCUUUGGUGAGCGGAAGAGAGAUUGUGGUUAGAGAUGCCAGCAAGUUCCACCAUUUCAAGCAAGGCCAGUGCUCUUGUGGUGGUUACUGGUGAUUAAACUCUGUUCAAUUUUGAUUUUUCAUUGGUUUAGUUCUCUUGUUUCCACCUUCUGUUUGAUUUUUUCUUCUUCUUCUUCUUAGCUAAUGGAGGAGUUAUCAUCA